UUCAUGGUGGCCACUUCAUGUGUGCGUUGGGAUGUGCUCGAAAAUUUCGUACUCAUAUCGGUGGCUGUUGGAAAGCUCUUUGGUGGCUCUCGUUCUCUCUCACUCUCUCUCUCUCUCUCUUUCUCGCUAUCUAUUUCUUCUGUUGGAAAAAUAACCGCCCGGUGGUGGGUGGUGAAAAGAAGCAUAAAAAAUGACCCGACUUAAAACUGAAAGCCACGUAAAUGAGUCCAGUGAGCGAUGGUGAGGGUGUGACGCGGGGGUGCGUUGCACACUAAAAUUGAGAACACUGCAGGAAAAGCAGUUUCUUCGUUGGGAAGAAAACACUCGACUGCUCACCAGCAACCAACGAAAGAGAGAGAGAGAGAGAGAGAGAGAGAGAAAGCGAGAGAGGCUGUACAUGGUGCGGCAAAGAUGAUAGCAAUCAUAAAAUAAUUGAUUACACGUAUACCCGCUUCAAUUUAUUUACACAAAAUCGCCCCAAAACCACUCCACUCACCACGGGGCAAAAAGAAUCAGUGUUAUGGCGGGGGGGGGGCUAUGUUUUGGCGAUCGAGCCACUCCAACAUUGCACUGUGGGUGCGUUUCUUGCAUUAGAGGCGUUUGAUGUGUUUCUGCUGUUGUUUUUGGCAUUUUCCAUUUGCUCUCUUCAACCCAAAAGUCCUAAAUUUUGAACACUCUUUCAUCCUCUCCUUCUGUUUCUUUCCUUCUGUUUCCCUCCCAUUGCAUUGAUCGGGUUUUGCAAAUGCAUCCGAGAGAGGACAAGAGUGUGUUACGUUGCGCGUUCCGUUUGCCCCGGCUUCGCAUGAUCAUUAUACACCUGCACCCUCCUCUACCCUAGGCAGAUUGCAUUACUCUCUGAAAUCGUACUCGGGCUCUGCUCUUCAUUCGGCCCCGAAAAGUGUAACACAACUGUGCACAACAGUUCUGGUGAAGGAAAGAUGUUUUUUUUUCUUCAGUUUUGUUGCGUGUGUUUUUCGUGGUGCUCUGCCAUGUCGAUCCUCUCGCCGAUGUUGCUACCUUCUGCCGUGCCUUCCCUCUGGGCAUGUUUUACAUAUUCUGGUGCCUAGAGCAAGGUCGUAACUCAUUUCCUCCCGUAAUCGGUGCUUGUGGAUGCAUGGAUGGAUGGAUGGAUGGGUGGCCGCACCCGCACCCCGAAAAAGGAGUCGAAAACUGGGCUAUCAUACCGGUAGGUGCUCCAGUUUCUUAGCCAAACGGUGCACACCAAACCAACGGUCGAAUAUAACAAAAACAAAAAACGUUAUCUAAAGAGAAUAAUGUGCUACAAGCGGAGCACUAGCAGAAGCUAUACUGCCUCUGCACCACAGCUGCUGCGUACCGGGGACUGAAUGAAACCGAAACUUACUGAAGCUGUGAAGCAAUCAAAAUUCUUCACCCCAGCCACACACACACACACACACACACACGUACUGGCCUGGGCACACAAUUUCAUUAAGCGAUGAGGCGUAGGGUUCUUGGCUUCGCGAACCACCACAUCUCUCUCUCUCUCCCUCUUUCAUUGGCAAUGCUUCCGCGCGCAUUCCCCUACACACACACACACACACGUGCACGCACACUCAUCAUGCGAACCGAUAAGGGAAGGACGGGAGAGGGAGGAAGUGAUGAACAAAGGAAGGGAACAAAAAAUCAACAUGAUAUACCCUCCCGCCGCCGUCACCACGGCAUGGAAGCUGGUCGGGCCCAGGUAGAAGGCAAAAAGGUACAUUUCGGUGCGGCCAUCGUUCCUGGAGAGCAGAAGGUGUCUUCUUCUGCAGGGCUUCCCUCUGGGUUUUGAGUGGUGAGGGGGGGGGGGGGGACAGGAAGGAAUGCGAUAGGAUAGAUAGUGUGGCGAGAAGAUGCGCAAGACAAAGGCAACGCGGUAGAGCGACCGAAGGGCGCGAUUUCCGACAACAAGAAACCACCGGCACCACAAACCCCGCACUCCUGCAAGCGGAGCAUUGAGCUCCUGCCGUGGCCCAAUGUAGGCGAAAAACCGUUCCCGUCGUGCCGUCCAAGCCCGAACGCAUCAAAAACAGACGCGGAAUUGCAAGCGCAGGGCAGGACAAGGGAGAGGGAGAAACAGGGUGCCAGGGUAAGGGAAGCGGCGGUUGGCGACGGCGAAAGACAAUGCGCAGAAAUGCCGUGAGCGUGAGAGGGAAAACGAGAAAUCGAGAUCGUGCAAGAUCGCUCACGCUCACGCUCUCCGUCCGCUCUCAUGCGCACUCUGCGGCCCUCUUUUGAGACCUCCUCCGCUCCCGGACAAGAGCGCGAGAGCGAAAGCGAGAGAGAGAGAGAGCGAAAUGAUGCGCGAUCGACGCUCGCCUUUUUGCGGCACACGAUCGCAAAGCAAUUUCGAACGCUUUCACGCUCUCAGUAUUCAGUGAACCGCCGCGCAGACACGAUCGUCGAGAUCCGGCACGCUCCCCCACAAACCAACAACCGGACGGUCCGGUUCGCGGCGAGUUCGCGAUCGAGGCUUCCAACAAAGUGUGCGCGUGUGUGU